AUGACCUAAUAAAUAUUAUUGGUAUCCCUGUGCAUCUUGUUUUUGUAGAAAUGGCUCUUUGAGAACACUUUGGUCUAUAAAUAAUAUGAUUAAGUCAAGGAUAUUAUCAAAUAGAUGAAUACUUUGACCACCACCAACUUUUUCAACAACAGGGAUUAUUAUACAAGUAAAAGAUUAUAUCGAUUCGACCUAUCGAAAUCUUAAAUAUAUCUGAAUGACAGUUACUGCAACUAAUCGGAUACGUUCAAAUUUUAUCACCCUGAUGUCGUUUUAAAGGACAUUCACACCACCAGAGAUACCGAUGAUUUAACCCAAGAAAUUGUCUAAUCUAUCAGCUUUAUCAAGAUCACCAAUUACACCGAAGGUAAAAUAAGGAAUAAGAGUGUCCUACCCGAAGCCUUGACAAUUCCUUUUAAUUAUUAUGACUCCUAUCUCACUAAAACAACUACAGGACUAUCUGCUAUGUGCUUGUUUUAGAAACAUAACCACAUGAGAGGUCGAUAACAACUAGCAUACAAAAAUGAAUUGCUAAAUAACUAUUAUUUAUAUGUGGAUAAAUUGAAGACCAUGCCUGAAUUCUGUUCAACAAAUGUUACUUACAUCCCCAAAUCUUACAGAUUAUGGCUGAAAGAUGAGUGUUCAGCAUUCUUUGAGUUUAUUAACACUACGGAGUACCAAUAGAAGUUCUAAAAACAAGGACCACAAUUCAUAAGUAAAUUAGGAUUGGAAGUACAUAGAGGGGCGGGGAUUACUAUGUUAUUUUAAAAAGAAACUCAAUAACUCAUCAAAGAAUACUAGAAUGGUUAGAAUUGCGGUCUAAAUUCAAAGUAUAUAAUCGCCUAAAAAUAUAUCAAUAAUCCCUAUCUAUUCAAAGGACAUAAAAUUGAAUUUAGAAUAUAUUUCAUAAUUGCUUCUACCUAUCCCUUGAUUGCCUAUGCUUAUGAUAGUUCCUUAAUUAGAAGAUGUGCCACGCCAUUUGAUAAGUUUUCCUUAGAAAAAUCCUCACAUGUUUGCAACACUGCGAUCGUCAAAACGAAAAUAGAGGGCCAAGAUUUAGACGAGGAUAAACAAUUUUUUAUUGAAUGGAAAUUAGAUUACCUUUAAGAAUUGCUAUUGAAAUAAAAAAAAAUAAAGAACAAGAAAUGGUUAGAAGAUUACCUCUAUCCUAAAAUACACACUACCAUCUAACAUCUAAUAAUGAGCACCUAACACUUUUUUGAUAAAGAUAGUAAAUUAUCAGAAUUCUUUGGAGUCGAUUUCAUGCUCACUGAUGAUUUGCAAAUCUACGUCUUAGAAGUUAAUUCGAAUCCUUAAUUAUUAAAAACUAUCCCAGAAAGAAUUGUACAGAAUACAAAAUUAGUUAAAGACAUUGUUGAAAUACAAGUUGCAUAUCUAAGGAGCAAGUACGUUAGAUUGAGAUCAUUAAUCACAAGCUCCCUCUAAAGUAAAUCAAAUCCACAAAAGUUUGAAAAAGACUUUAACGAAGCUUACAAGGAUAAACUUGAGCCUGAAUUCCCUAUUAGUUCUAAUAAUUUGUUUAGAAAAAUCAUUGAUAAAAAUCUGAAAGAUUCAAAGGCUUACAAUGAUCUAAUUUAGACAAAAUGUAUUAUAUGA